GCAGGCAGGCAGGCAGGUCCUCCUGGAAGAGGAGAGAGGAAGGAAGGAAGAGGACAAUGGACUUCAGAGUGACUCCAGAUCUGACCUUUGUGCAUCGAGGAUAAAAAGAAACUUGCAGAACUCCUGCUUUAGGAUUCCUGAAGAAUGGAUGGAGAGCCUUUUACCUCCAAUUUCUUUUCCUCCGGAAACUUCCCUUCCGAAAUUGGCAUUACUUUGGAACAGAAAGUUACCUUUGCCUUUGUGUUUUUAUUGUUUAUUUUCCUUGGUGUUCUCAUUGUCCGAUGUUUUCGAAUUCUCUUAGACCCUUACAGGAGUAUGCCAACCUCCACCUGGACAGAUGGACACGGGGGGCUAGAAAAAGGGCAAUUUGAUUAUGUUCUGGCUUAGAGCCAGAAAUGUAGCUACUUAGAAAUAUUUCUUGUUCACACACAGGCAAAACAAGCUAAAAUUGGAUGGA